AUGCAUAAUAAGAGCAUGGAUUCGCUUAGUGUUCCGGGGUAUAAUGACCGGCCUAGAAGUGGUUCGAGAGAUUCGUUUGCUUCUUCCCAGUUCUCUGGUUUCUCCGAAGUAUCUUCCAUUACACCUUCUACGAGUCAAACGUGGGCAAGUGAACAUCCUUCUUCUAGUUCACUGGUGCGAUAUCUCCUUCUGAAAAGGAAGGAUAUAAAAAGUGGUGUGUUUCCCAAUGAACAUGAAGAAAGACACAGACAGCAAAUAGAUGAUUAUCUAAUCACCAAGUACUAUUCAUAUGCUAAAGCCGAGAAAUUGAUAUUGCCAUGGGACAAAUUAUUAGAGGUGUAUAUUUUUGGAGAUGAACUUCGGAAUAAUUCCAAUGAACAAUUAUGGAACUCGCUUCUUAAUCAUCACCAAGAAAGUGGGCAAUUUCAGUUCCGGACAACCGCAAGCACAUCUCCAUCAUCAUCAAUAUCAAAUGCUAUCGAGUAUUUGAACCAAUUGGUGACGGAUUUAAGCAAGUUGGAUGAGAUUCUUGAUUUAUAUUCGAAACCGGAUAAUUGGAUGUCGGAUAAACUCUUUGAAGCCUUCUACAACUUCAAUGAGAACAUGGUGGUACCCAUUCCCAUGUCCAUAACGUUAUUUGCAGACUAUAUGGUAUCAAUUAAGCAUGCCAAUAGUGAGUUCUACAUGAAUCAUUUGUUCAAGCUGAUCAGACUACUGUGGUACAUUUAUCUUCUUCAUCAAAGAAAAGUUUUGGAACCACACAUUGAGCAGAUGGACACGAUGAAACAGAUCACGUUAAACAAGUUCUUGAGUAAAGACAACAACACUUCAUUAGGACUCUCUUUAUUGCAUCUAGGGGAAUUCUUUCAGGUAAAAGGUGAUAUCAAUAGUGCUACUAAUAUCUGGGAGAUUUCAGCCCAUCUAACAAGGGACCCAGAGUGUUGCCAGAUGGCUGUAUGGGGCUUAAGUGACGGUUAUGGGUCAGGGAACAAGUAUAAGCUGUUGAACAAAUUAGGAAAGAAGACAAAAACUAAUAAAUAUAAUACUAAGAGAAGAAUAGCCCAAUUGUAUCGAAUAGCUAAUGAAAAGAACAAAAAGGAUAUAGGAGUUUCCUGGGUCUGGAAAGAUAAGUAUGAUUAG